ACUAAUUGGGAGUGUCUUAAGGGUUGAGGAGGAGAACAAGAGCUAUUACGUGCAACAAAAAGGGAACUAAAGAAUCAGUCUGCCAGUGUCUGGGUUCAUGAGGUUUUGCUUGACUCUGCUCAUUUGCCAACAUGACUGUUCAACAGAACCUUUUCUCAUCUUAGCUGGACUAACAGGAAUUCACAGCAUAAUUACAGCCAGUAAAGUGUCAGUGAAAGCUGGAGGUUCGAUCACUAUCCCAUGUCUCUAUGAGUCACAAUACAUUCACAAUUUGAAAUACUUGUGUAAAGGAUACUAUUGGAACUCCUGCUCAUGUGAGGUUAAAACAAACAAAUCAAGUAGUUCAGGGAAGUUUUUGAUCUCUCAUGUCAAAAUCCAAAGAAUCUUCACUGUGACUAUUAAUGACCUGACUGAAGAGGACACUGAUUACUGGUGUGCUGUGGACAUUAAUGGAGGAGCAGAUGACGGAAGCUAUUUUCAACUAUCAGUGACCAAAAGAGGGGAGAUAACCAUCCAAUGUCACAAUGGUAGCUCUGGAGAAAUGAAGUGGUGCAGGUUGGGCGGCUCCUGUGUGACAAAGUCUGGAUCAAUAGCUGGAACAACAGUCACCAUCAGUGGGAAUAUCCCUGGUGCUCUCACUGUGACUAUGAGUGGACUGAGGACAGAGAGCAGCGGCUGGUAUAUGUGCGUUAAAGGACACUUACAGAUGCCGGUGCAUAUAACUGUUACAGAGAAACCUACCACUACAACAAGUUUUAGAACCAACUUAAAACCCAGUACUGAAGGUUUGUAUCCCACCCAAGUCUCUGUGGAACAACCACUUACCACUUCUACGGUUGAGCAGCAAAGCAGUGUUUCAGUAAACUUCAUGCCCUUCAUCAUCCGUUUAAGUUUGCUGAUCAUCUUCGUAAUGGUGAACUUGUUCAUCUGGUUUAUGUUCCGAAGAUGCAGUUUUUCCCCAACACAGGCUGAAUGGGAAGUAAGAUACCGGAGAAGAACUUCAGGCGAGAGAUCUCAUGUGGAGAGUGAUGUGGAAGAAAUACAAAGGUCACUGGUUAAAGCAAAAGGGUUAACAUCAUACAAAUACCGGAAACCAGUCUGACAUUUCAUACAUACUUAGUUCUGUAUUUUCUGCAGGCCAUUUUGUUAGUGUCUCAGCAAGUGUAAAUGUUCCUCAUUUUUAUUGUGCUCUUGUUGUUCAAGAGGUUGAAAAUAUGUUGUAGCAGCAAAUUGUAUUUAUGUUUUUUUUUUUUUUUCGUUUUCCUUGCAUUUGUAUCCACCUUUGCAAGGCUGCAAAACAAUACAAAGAGCCACUGAGUGUUUGACAUGGAAACUUCUUUACGCUUAUACAUACAGUGGGGAGAACAAGUAUUUGAUACACUGCCGAUCUUGCAGGUUUUCCCACUUACAAAGCAUGUAGAAGUCUGUAAUUUUUAUCAUAGGUACACUUCAACUGUGAGAGACUGAAUCUAAACAAAAAUCCAGAAAAUCCCAUUGUAUGAUUUUUAAAUAAUUAAUUUGCAUUUUAUUGCAUGACAUAAGUAUUUGAUCACCUACCAACCAGUAAGAAUUCUGGCUCUCACAGGCCUGUUAGUGUUUCUUUAAGAAGCCCUCCUGUUCUCCACUCAUUACCUGUAUUAACUGCACCUGUUUGAACUCUGUACCUGUAUAAAAGAGACCUAUCCACACACUCAAUCAAAGAGACUCCAACCUCUCCACAAUGUCCAAGACCAGAGAGCUGUUUAAGGACAUCAGGGAUAAAAUUGUAGACCUGCACAAGGCUGGGAUGGGCUACAGGACAAUAGGCAAGCAGCUUGGUGAGAAGGCAACAACUGUUGGCGCAAUAUUGGAAGAAGUCCAAGAUGACGGUCAAUCUCCCUCGGUCUGGGGCUCCAUGCAAGAUCUCACCUUGUGGGGCAUCAAUGAUCAUGAGGAAGGUGAGGGAUCAGCCCAAAACUACACGGCAGGACCUGGUCAAGGACCUGAAGAGAGCUGGAACCACAGUUUCAAAGAAAACAAUUAGUAACACACUACGCCGUCAUGGAUUAAAAUCCUGCAGCGCACGCAAGGUCCCCAUGCUCAAGCCAGCGCAUGUCCUGGCCCAUCUGAAGUUUGCCAAUGACCAUCUGGAUGAUCCAGAGGAGGAAUGGGAGAAGGUCAUGUGGUCUGAUGAGACAAAAAUAGAGCUUUUUGGUCUAAACUCCACUCGCCGUGUUUGGAGGAACAACAAGAAUGAGUACAACCCCAAGAACACCAUCCCAACCGUUAAGCAUGGAGGUGGACACAUCAUUCUUUGGGGAUGCUUUUCUGCAAAGGGGAACAGGACGACGGCAGCGUAUUGAGGGGAGGAUGGAUGGGGCCAUGUAUCGCGAGAUCUUGGCCAACAACCUCCUUCCCUCAGUAAGAGCAUUGAAGAUGGCUCAUGGCUGGGUCUUCCAGCAUGACAACGACCCGAAACACACAGCCAGGGCAACUAAGGAGUGGCUCCAUAAGAAGCAUCUCAAGGUCCUGGAGUGGCCUAGCCAGUCUUCAGACCUGAACACAAUAGAAAAUCUUUGGAGGGAGCUAAAAGUCCGUAUUGCCCAGAGACAGCCCCGAAACCUGAAGGAUCUGGAGAAGAUCUGUAUGGAGGAGUGGGCCAAAAUCCCUGCUGCAGUGUGUGCAAACCUGGUCAAGAACUACAGGAAACAUCUGAUCUCUGUAAUUGCAAACAAAGGUUUCUGUACCAAAUAUUAAAUUCUGUUUUUCUGAUGUAUCAAGUACUUAUGUCAUGCAGUAAAAUGCAAAUUAAUUACUUAAAAAUCAUACAAUGUGAUUUUCUGGAUUUUUGUUUUAGGUUCCGUCUCUCACAGUUGAAGAUUACCUAUGAUAAAAAAAUACAGACUUCUACAUGCUUUGUAAGUGGGAUCAAAUACUUGUUCUUCCCACUGAAUAUGUUGGGUUUACUGCUCAUACCUAUCUGCCAUAAAAUCAAAAUGUGUAUUUUUAUAUAUCCUGAUCCAAUUUUCAUGAGGUUUAGAAAAAUUGGUAUAAAUUAGCUGUAUGUCUUAUUUUAUAUUGUUUAAUAUUAUGUACCCUUUUCAAUUCUUUAAAGUUAAUGUACAUUUAUGUUGUAUGUUGGGGAAUAAGUCAUGGUGUUAACUGAAUAAAGGUACAUUUGU